AUUUGUGUAGUUUUGCUUCUGAAAUGACUGGAUUUAAACAAUGGUGGAGUCCAUGAAAAUGUUUGCCAUCUCGUCAUUGUUUAUCAGUCUUUAUGCCUAUAUCUUGGGCAAGUGUGUGUUAGCCAUGCGUAUGCCCACAACACGAAUUAAGUUGAUGUGCAAGCUGUGUGUGUGGCAUAAGUGAAUGUUUUUUCUGUAUGUUUUCAAUGUGUUGGUGUCGUGGGGAAGAGAAACAAGAGGAGAGGAAAUGGGGACCAAAAGUGACUAUUGUUUCAACCGUGCCUCAGUAAACAGCUGAGGGAGAGAGCGAGAGAGAGAGAGGAAGAGAGGGGUGGAAAGGGAAGUGUCUGAAAACAGACUGAGCUUGACGGCAACUAGUUGAAAAUCCAGAUCACGUUGUCGGAGAAGUGUUCAACACUAAAGUUAGUAUGAGUGUGUAUGUAUGUGUGUGUAGGGGCUAGUCUCUAAACCGUACACUAAAGAGGAACUUUAUGCAAGUGUUGAUCCCUCAAGACUGGCGGUGGGACGACCUUCUGGUGAGUUCUGUCAACACAUUCACGCAUACAAAGAGCUAGAUAUACAACAUAUAACUACUUCUCAUUUACAGUUACUGGUUAGUUUGUGGUUACAAAGACGAAAAGAGAGUCUUAUCCAGACUGAAAAAAAAGCAAAUUAAGUUUUUUUCAGUGAGUAAAACUGUGAACUGUCAACACUCUGGCUGUUUGUCUGGUGUCAAAUGCAGUUAGAUUUAAUUUAGCUUUAUCCCGGUGUCAGACUGACACAGCAGUUCAGCUGGUGUGAAACGUUGGACUUCAUGCCUGAGAGAAAGACUUGAUCUGAAUCCAGGGAUCGUGGGACUGCUUGGGUAGAGAGCGGUUGACCAGGGGUCUUGAAUCCCUGAAUACAUUAACUGUACGCAGUCUAUACUAGAGUGUGUAGAUUUGGAAUGGCCAUCUCACAUCCGAUAUUAACUGUUAGUCUGAUUGACUCUGUUAGUGACUAUGUAAUGUCUCAUUUCUGUUUGAAGACCUGUGUUUUACACAGUAGUCUGGUGACUUUGAUUACGGUUGUUUUAUUGACACUUACAUUGACUAUGUCCAGUGUAGGUUAUAUGUCUCAGAUAAUCUAGGUUUCUGUUAUUAGCUGUUUGCUUUUUCAACAUGACUCUCUUUAGUGGCCGCCUUCGAUUGACUGUGUCCCUGGAGGCUGUCUCAGACGGUGUCAGACUGUCUUAGUGGAGCGGGAAACUUGUUAGUCUGAUGAGAGUGGACUGAGGUGUGGGGGCAUAUUGACUGGCGGUGAGGUGCGUGUGCGUGUAGGGGAGUGAUGGCCCCGCGGCCAUCCUCAGGGGAGCUAUGGGGCCUGCACCUCAUGCCCCCGCGUAUCCUGGUGGACUGCUGCCUGCCCAACGGCAUGCUGGUCUGCCUCGAGUGCCUGCGCGAGGCUCCACUGCUCACUAUCAAGCAGCAGCUGUUCACCGAGGCCCGCAAGUACCCACUCUACCACCUGCUACAGGAGGAGUCAUGCUACAUCUUUGUGGGCGUGACCCAGGAGGCAGAGAGGGAGGAGUUUUACGAUGAGACGCGUCGUCUGUGUGACCUGCGCCUCUUUCAGCCCCUCCUCAAAGUCAUCGAACCAAUAGGCAACCGAGAGGAAAAGAUCCUCAACCGCGAAAUCGGCUUUGCCAUAGGCAUGCCCAUCUGUGAGUUUGAGCUGGUGAAGGACUCGGAGGUGCAGGACUUCCGGCGGAGCAUCCUCUGCGUGUGCAGGGAGGCCAUGGAGGAGAGGGAGGGAGGAGGCGCUCACUCCCAAGCACUCUACGUCUACCCCCCCAACGUGGAGUCCUCCCCUGACCUGCCCCCCCACAUCUUCUCCAAGCUGGACAAAGGUCGCCUGAUCGUCACCAUCUGGGUGAUCGUGUCUCCGUCCAACGCCAAGCAGAAGUACACGCUGAAGAUCAGCCACGACAGCCUGCCCGAGCAGCUCAUUGCCGAGGCCAUCCGCAAGAAGACGCGCAGCAUGCACCUGUCGGCGCAGCAGCUGCGCAUGUGCGUGCAGGAGUACCAGGGCCAGUACAUCCUCAAGGUCUGCGGCUGCGACGAGUACCUGCUUGAGAAGUACCCGCUCAGCCAGUACAAGUACAUCCGUAGCUGCAUCAUCGUCAGCCGCCUGCCCCACCUGAUGCUGGUCUCCAAGGACAGCCUGUACAGCCAGCUCCCGGCCAGUGGCUUUGUGGCGCCCUCCUACAGCCGCCGCACGCCCCAGCCCAGCCCCUGCCCCGGGGGAAGCGACCCCUCCCCGCCCCGCACCCUCUGGGCCUUCAACACCCUCCUCCGCCUGCGCCUGCUCUGUGCUACCUACGUCAACGUCAACAUCAGGGACAUCGACAAGAUUUACGUUAGAACAGGCAUCUAUCAUGGAGGAGAACCACUGUGUGACAACGUCCACACCCAGAGAGUACCCUGUUCAAACCCCAGGUGGAAUGAGUGGUUGACGUAUGACAUCUACCUGACGGAUCUCCCGAGAGCCGCUCGUCUCUGUCUCUCCAUCUGCUCAGUGAAGGGACGCAAGGGAGCCAAAGAGGAACACUGUCCGCUGGCCUGGGGGAAUGUAAAUAUGUUUGACUACAAGGAUACGCUGGUGUGUGGGAAGGUGGCGCUGAGCUUGUGGCCCGUCCCUCACGGCCUGGAGGAUCUGCUAAAUCCCAUCGGGGUCGCCGGCUCCAACCCCAACAAGGAGACUCCGUGUGUGGAGCUGGAGUUCUCCUGGUUCAACCAGACGGUGAUGUUCCCAGACGAACAGCAGAUCGAGGAGCACGCCAACUGGGUGAUCUCUAGAGAGCUGGGAUACAACUACUGCAUGGGCCUGAGCAGCCGGCUGGCGUGUGACAGCACAGUGUCACCGUCGGAUGGCGAGCAGCUGCGCAGCCUGUGCAGCAGAGACCCGCUCUAUGAACUCUCUGAGCAGGAGAAAGACUUCCUCUGGAGACACCGGCACUACUGUGUGAACAUUCCUGAGAGCCUUCCCAAGCUGCUGCAGGCCGUCAAGUGGAACUCCCGCGACGAAGUGUCUCAGAUGUAUUGUCUGUUGAAGGACUGGCCCUUGAUGCAGCCAGAAUCGGCCCUGGAGCUGCUGGACUGUAACUUCCCCGACCCGAUGGUGCGGGAGUUCGCCCUGCGCUGCCUGGUGCAGGGCCUCACCGACGACAAGCUCAGCCAGUACCUACUGCAGCUGGUGCAGGUGCUGAAGUAUGAGAUGUAUCUGGACAACCCUCUGGCCCGCUUCCUCAUUAAGAAGGCUCUGACCAAUCAAAGAAUAGGACACUUCUUCUUCUGGCAUCUCAAGUCGGAGAUGCACAAUAAGACGGUGUCACGGCGGUUCGGCCUGCUGCUGGAGGCCUUCUGCCGGGCCUGUGGGAUGUACCUGAAGCACCUGAACCGACAGGUGGAGGCCAUGGACAAGCUGGUCAACCUGACGGACACGCUGAAACAGGAGAAGAAGGAUGAGACACAGAAGACCCAGAUGAAGUUCCUGGUGGAGCACAUGUCCCGGCCCGACUACAUGGAAGCCCUGCAGGGAUUCGUCUCCCCCCUGAAUCCAGUCCACCAACUGGGCAACCUCAGGUUAGAGGAAUGCAGGAUCAUGUCCUCGGCAAAGCGGCCCCUCUGGUUGAACUGGGAGAAUCCUGACAUCAUGAGUGAGCUGCUGUUUACCAACAAUGAGGUCAUCUUCAAAAACGGGGAUGAUCUGCGGCAGGAUAUGCUGACUCUUCAGAUCAUUAAAAUCAUGGAGAACAUCUGGCAAAACCAGGGCUUGGAUCUGAGAAUGCUGCCGUAUGGCUGUCUGUCCAUAGGGGACUGCGUUGGGCUGAUCGAGGUGGUGAAGAACUCCUACACCAUCAUGCAGAUCCAGUGCAAAGGAGGCCUGAAGGGGGCGCUGCAGUUCAAUAGCAACACGCUGCACCACUGGAUCAAGGACAAGAACCGCGGCGAGGCGUAUGAUAAAGCGAUAGAACUGUUCACUCGUUCAUGUGCAGGCUACUGUGUGGCCACCUUCAUUCUUGGCAUUGGAGACAGGCACAACAGCAACAUCAUGGUGAAAGAGAACGGACAGCUGUUUCACAUAGACUUUGGCCACUUCCUGGACCAUAAGAAGAAGAAGUUUGGCUACAAGCGCGAGCGGGUGCCGUUCGUGCUCACACAGGACUUCCUCAUCGUCAUCAGCAAAGGCGUGCAGGAGUGCACCAAGACCAAGGAGUUUGAAAGGUUCCAGGAGAUGUGCUACAAGGCCUACCUGGCCAUCCGUCAGCACGCCAGCCUCUUCAUCAACCUGUUCUCGCUGCUCCUGGGAUGCGGCAUGCCCGAGCUGCAGAGCUUCGACGACAUUGCGUACCUGCGCAAGACGCUGGCGCUGGAGAAGAGCCAGCAGGAGGCACUGGAGUACUUCACCAAGCAGAUGAACGACGCCCACCACGGCGGCUGGACCACCAAGAUGGACUGGAUCUUCCACACCAUCCGGCACAUGCCCAACGAGCAUUAAAACACACACACACACACACACACACAUCCAACAUACACACACACUCAUACACACAUAAUCAUGCACAAAGUGCAAAAAGACUUGCCAUCUGAUAAAAAGCCAAUGAGCAUUAAAUACUUAAACUCACAUAUGCACACAAAUCAAACAUAUCCAGUGAGCAUAAAUCAUGUACAGACACUCAAAGCACACACACGCACACACACACACACUCACAUACACACACAUCAGACUUAUGCCUUCUGGACACUCACUACAUACACCCUCACUCACCUACUCAAGUCACCCAGUUUCACUCAACACUUUCCCUCCACACACACACACACACACACACACACACACACACACACACACACACACACACAGACACCUGUAUACACACUAGUGAGCAAUAUGUUUAGUGGCUAUGUGGAGGUGAGGUGACUGCACUGAAUAGGAGAGAUCAAAUCUCACUAAAGCACUAACUCGCACACCUCUGCUGCUAAUCACACACACACACACACACACACACACACACACACACACACACACACACACACACACACACACACAGAAACACACACACAGACACACACAGAGACACACACACAAUCUCUCUGACACACACAGCCUCACUUAUGGCACAGUAAAUGCACCCAGACAAUCAGAAGUCUUAGACACAGACACACACACACACACACACACACACACACACACUCUCUCUCUAUCAAACAGAUACACACAAAAAACUGCACUACAGAUUGUGGGAAUUGUGGAGUUGGAGUGAGGAUAAGAUGACGAUGAAGGUGAUUGUGAGAAAAGUGACUCAGCUGUUUAUUGCGUUGCUGGCAAUGAUGGGGAGGGGCCUGAAGGAUUUAAGGUCUGGCCCUCUCUAUGUCGUUGCCUCCUCAGGGUUCCACAAAGGGUCAAAGUUCAAAGGGCACUGCCACCCCAAAGCCAAAAUGGAGAGGUCUUUCCCCAGGAUGCACUGCACCGGACAAAAACACUCCUUCUGCUAUCUCCAGUCUUCCUAUUGACGUAUAUCAAUGGAUAUUUUGCAAAACAAAAACCUGUAAGCUAACUCUUGAGUUUCACGUUGGUUCUGUGUAGUUCAAAGUCCACUAUUUCUGAUGUAGACACGUAACUGUUUUUAAUUGAAUAUUGAAAAAAAAAAAAAAUACCAGCAUGAUUGCCACUGUGAUUGCAGUUAGGCCCUGUUCAACCCCAGCUCCUGCUGUUUCAACCAGAGAAGGACAAUUUUGUUUCAGGUUGGGCUCAUCGCUAAGAUGGACUCACACCAGCUAAAGCCGACCAUAAGAGCGCAGCGGCAUGGUGUGUACAGGGCACGCUGAGAUUUCUGUAUCAGGGAUUUAAAUAGUUUUCAAAAAACAAACAAACAAAUAAACAAAGAAUCAUUAACAAGACAAUCUCUGUCUCAAUGAAGUAACUUAUAGUAAGAUCAAAUAUUUUUCUCUUUGACCAAAUUUGAGCUGUUAGACACUCACUUCAUCCAUGCUAGACUCUCUCACCUCUGAAAUGAGCGGGUUUUGAACCGAGCAACAGCAGGGGAUGGUGUGUGGCCUGCUCACCGUCACUCAACAGCAGGAUCAGCACUGCAACUGAUGUCUGUUUUACUUGUAGGUGUUAUCAGAUGGUCUGUUCAAAAUAUCCGGUGUAGAUAUUCAUGACUGACUCAUGGAGCUUGUUCUGUUUAGUCAUUAUGCAUACGUGUUGAGUUGGGGUCCAAAACAAGCAGAGUUUAAAAAAAAAAAAAAAAAACCACACUAAAUUUCAGGAAUUCCAUUUCAUGUAGGUCUUUCUGACGAUAUGCUAUGUUAUUUCUAUUAUCAACAUUCAAAAUGAAUGAACAUCUCUUAUCUGCAUGACUGAGUUGUGAAAUUUGAUCAUGUCCAUGUUGAUUAUUCAUUUGUCAUUAGCACCUUAGCGCCUAAGCGGUGGGUCUGUGUUCUGGACGCGCGGAACUCCCCCAAAAAAGAACAGAAGCACCCUUCAUUAGGAUCUCAGUUAGCCAGACGGAGAGAGUUACAUUUGUCAUGUGUGGGUAGCCGUAGUCGUUAGUGACGUAGUGAUGGGGGUGAUAACCAUGGAAAUCGGCGUACUGUAUUUCAUUGAAGUUUGUACUGAUGUUGGCACACGUGACCUGAUCGCGACCUCAAGGUCAGGCCUAAUGUUCUGAAACUUUGAAGUGAUCUCUUGAGUAUUAUGAUGUUCGGAUGUUUUAGUGAUAUUUAUCUUAAUAAAUAUUUCAAGAUGC